AUGCGCGGGAUAACCGCUACGCAUCCCAUUCCUGCCGAUGAGAUUAUCGAGCAGUACUCCGGACAUCUGGAGCACUUCGGUCCUCCAUUUCACAACGCCCGUCCGAAUGAGGGCAACAGAAUGCACCUAAAAAUGAAAACUACUCGAAACGCCUACGUCAGUCUGGACGCCGUUGUGGUGGAUUACUACGGUUGA